AUGAAAUUAGGAUAUAAUGAAAUAAUGAUAACAUCAAUGUAUUUUAAUGAUAUUAAUGAUUUUAUUAAUUUAGAAUUAGGAGUUAAAAGAUUUAGAGGAAAUAUUGAACGAUUUCAUUUUAAUCCAAUUCCAUUAAAUGAAUAUUCAAGAAGAUUAUUUGCUAAUAUUGAAACAUUUCAUAUUUAUAAUAAAAAAGAUAAAAUAUUUAAUGAUGGAAAAAUAUUUAAAAAAGUAAUAUGGUAUACAGUAGAUUAUUCAGAAUAUUUACAAGAAAAAGAACAAGGAAAUAUCUGUAAAAAUAUAGAAUAUACAAAAGAAGAUAGAAAUACAUAUGGAAAUACAAUACCAUCAGAAGUUAAAUCACUUGGAUAUAAAUGUUUUGAUGAAUGUUAUUCAUUAACAUCAAUUAACAUACCAUCAUCAAUUAGUUUUAUAGGAGAUGAUUGUUUUUCUGGAUGUUCAUCAUUAACAUCAAUUAAUAUAGAUAAUCUACAAUAUAUUAGUAAAGAAAGAAUAUUUAUGAAUGAACCAGUGUUAGUUAGUAUUGAAAUACCAAAAAAUAUACAAAUAAUCAAUGGAAAGAAUAUAAAAAAGAAAGAUAUUAAUGAAUUUAUUAUUCCAUCUUCAAUUACUAAGUUAGGAGAAUAUUGUUUUUCUGGAUGUUCAACACUAACAUCUAUAACUAUACCAUCAUCAAUUAGUGAAAUAGGAGAUAGUUGUUUUGAUGAAUGUAUAACAUUAAAAUCAAUUAAUGUACCAUCUUCAAUUAGUGAAAUAGGAAAUUGGUGUUUUUAUGAAUGUACAUCAUUAACAUCAAUUAUUAUACCAACGAGUAUUAGUGAAUUAGGAUAUGAUUGUUUUAAAGGAUGCUAUUCAUUAACAUCAAUUAAUUUACCAUCAUCAAUUAAUGAAAUAGGAUAUGAAUGUUUUAAAUAUUGUUCAUCAUUAACAUCUAUUAAUAUACCAUCAUCAAUUAUAUCAUUUGGAGGUGGAUGUUUUUAUGGAUGUGGAUGUGAAGAAGAAUUAAUGAAAAAUGAAACAAAAGCAAGAGAUUGUUUUGAUGAAUGGUGA